AGAUGCGCCGCUGUUCUUAGGUCUGGCCAAAAUGGCAGCCCUGGAAGAAGAAUUCACGUUGUCUGCGGUAGCCCUGGGCGCCGGGCCUGACGGAGUCCUAGGUGUGGAGCCGAGCGACAAAACAGACCAGUUUCUGGUGACGGACAGCAGCAGGACCGUCAUCCUCUAUAAGGUUUCAGAUCAGAAACCCUUGGGGAGCUGGUCAGUGAAACAAGGUCAAAUUAUAACAUGUCCUGCUGUGUGCAACUUUCAAACUGGAGAGUAUAUUGUUGUACAUGAUAACAAGGUUUUGAGAAUUUGGAAUAAUGAAGAUGUAAACCUGGAUAAAGUGUUUAAAGCUACAUUGUCAGCUGAGGUAUAUAGGAUACACUCAAUACAAGGGACAGAACCAGUAGUGCAGUUCAAAGAAGGUGCCGUUCGUGGUUUAGAGGCCUUGCUUGCAGAGCCCCAACAGAAAAUUGAAACUGUAAUCUCUGAUGAAGAAGUGAUUAAGUGGACAAAGUUUUUCAUGGUAUUUAGGCAUCCUGCUUUAAUUUUUAUUACUGAAAAACAUGGAAGUUAUUUUGCUUAUGUACAAAUGUUCAACUCACAAAACUUAAGCAAAUACACACUUUCACUUGGAAAAGAAGAAAAAUGUAUUACACCGAAUUUUACUGCAUACGUGGAUCGGAAAUUCAUCUCUUUGAUGUCAAUAAGCUCUGAUGGAUGUAUAUAUGAAAGCUUGAUACCAGUAUAUCCAAGUGACACAGAAAAAAAUCAGAGGGUAGUUAGAUCACAGUUGCUUAAAGCUGUUGUGUCUGGUAGUUCUCGGACUGGUGUCGCACUCACUGUCCUGGAUCAAGAUCACAUAGCAGUCCUGGGACCUCCAAUGCCAACUUCUAAGGACUGCCUCUCCAUAUGGAACAUAAAAUUUCAAACACUGCAGACUUCAAAAGAGUUACCACAAGGGAGCAGUGGUCAACUGUGGUAUUAUGGUGAAAAUUUGUUCAUGCUGCAUGGAAAAGUUCUAACUGUGAUUCCAUACAAGUGUGAAGUGUCAUCAUUAGCUGGUGCUCUUGGAAAACUCAAGCAUAGUCAAGAUCCAGGCACUCACACCAUACCCCAUUUUGUUAACUGGGAAACAUCUCAGGGAUAUGGACUUGGAUCACAGAACUCAGAGCCAUCAAGGAGAAUUUUAAGGAGAAAAAAAGUUGAAGUGAGUUUACAGCCAGAAGUUCCAGCAUCUGAACAACUUCUAUCAGUCAUAAAGAAAGAUUCAGAAAAACACAUUGAAGUAGAACUACGUAAAUUUUUGGCUGUCAAAUGGACACCUGACUUUCAUACACUAGUUGGGGACAUUGUAACAGGACUUCUGGGAAGAUGUAAAGCAGAACCAUCAUUUUAUCCCAGGAACUGUCUCAUGCAGCUUAUCCAAACACACACACUUUCCUACAGCUUAUGCCCUGGCUUAAUGGAAAUUGCCUUAGAAAAAACAGAUGUACAGAUGUUACAGCUUUGUCUGCAACAGUUUCCUGAUAUUCCUGAGUUAGUCACCUGCGCUUGCUUAAAAAUUUUCUUGAGCAUUGGUGAUGACAGUCUUCAAGAAAUUAAUAUCAAUAUGGAGUCAGUUUUUGAUUAUAGUGAUACCAAACAAGAUGAGAAAAUGGAAGAGCAAACUGAAAUUCUUCAAAAUGGCUUCAAUCCUGAAAAUGGUAACUGCGGUAACUGUAAUCAAGAGGUAAAUGAAAAGCCUCAGAAUGCAAUGGAGGAGAGUGCCUCAUGCCCUGUGACACCAAAAAGAGCAGCUCUGUUAAAUGCAAUUCUUCAUUCAGCAUAUAGUGAAAUAUUUCUUCUGCCUCACUUGAAGGACAUCCCUGCACAGCAUACCACUCUAUUUCUACAAUAUUUGUAUUUCCUUUAUUUGAAGUGUAGUGAAAAUGCUACUAUGACUCUUCCUGGAAUACACCCACCAACCUUAAGCCAGAUCAUGGAUUGGAUAUGUCUACUUCUGGAUGCUAAUUUUACUGUUGUGGUAAUGAUACCAGAAGCAAAAAGGCUCCUGAUAAAUCUUUAUAAGUUUGUGAAAUCCCAGAUAUGUGUUUAUUCCGAACUCAACAAGAUCGAAGUAAGUUUUCGAGAGCUACAGAAAUUAAAUCAAGAGAAGAAUAAUAGAGGAUUAUAUUCAAUUGAAGUGUUGGAACUCUUCUGAUAUUAGCAGUUUUCCUUCAUAGGCAUUUUAUGAAGCUGUUUUAUGUGAACUCUUCCUGUUCAUCCAGGCAAGAAAGGUUUUGUUUGUGACCAUCUCUCAGUGUCAAGAGAAAGGUGUCAGUGAGUAUCUGGACGAUCACAUAUUGCUCCUUGGCAGGACUACAGGUUUCACAUGAGCCUACUCUAGAUUGUGGACAGUGCUGGGAGAAGGUCUGAAAGUUUUUUAAAUAUGUGGCUUACCUGAUUUUAAGUAAACUUAUUUGUGUAUUGAUAAAAGUCUAUUUUCUUA